UCUCAGAUUCCCGGUCCGUCUCCGUCUGCGAACCGCCCGUCGCUGAACCUCCCCGGACCGCCCAUUUCACACGCCCCGCCCCCUCCUUCAAGGCGUCCUGGACAGCCGGAUCUCAGCCUCCCCGGCCAGCCCUCACGCCCUCCUAGUAAUGCGGGCUUCGGGGGCCAGGGAGGGGCCAGUUUCCCUUCCUUGCAGCCUCCUCCUCCCCCUCCUCAACCGAACUUUCCUUCCUCGCUGCCUCCUCAACCUCAACCCACCUUCCCUUCCUUACAACCUCAACCUGCUCAGCCCCAACAACCUAAUUUUCCUUCCCGGCUACCCCAGCAACCGAACUUCCCCGGGCAGCAACCGACCUUCCCCGGGCAGCAACCGACCUUCCCCGGGCAGCAACCGAACUUCCCGGCAACCGAAUUUUCCCGGCCAGCAACCCCAGCAGCCGACCGUCGACCAGGACUCUGCCCCGGUGAAGGUCGGAAUCCCUGCAGAGGAAGAGUGUGGCUUCCUCUUCUCCAGCACAAAGAACACGGUCGGGAGGGACGACUCCGAGUGGCGUCCUUGGCUGGUGGCGCUGGGGCGGCGUGAGGGCGGCGCCUUCCAGAUCACGUGCGGCGGCGCCCUCGUCACCCGCCGCCACGUGCUCGUCGCGGCGCACUGCAUGGCCUCGCCGCGCCUGCCCAAACCGACUCACGUGCGUCUGGGGAAUCCUCACUCGGCGAGGACCAACGACCCGUCCCUGGACCUGGAACUGGCCAUAGCGGACUUCGUGGACGCGGGAUACGACCUCAAGAACCUGGGGAACGACCUCGGGCUCGUCACUCUGGAACGCGACGCGCCCUUGAACGACCUGAUACGGCCCGUGUGUCUGCCGUACAGAUUCAUGUACGAUGGGUUCCGGUACCAGGAGGUGGACGUCACGGGCUGGAGUCAGUCGGCCACAUCGCUUCGAGGCGCCGCCGAGCCAGCGCAGCUCGUGCUCUCCCGCGCGGCCGUGGUUGGCCUCGGCGUCUGCGAGAACACGUUCCAGAAGGAGGUGGAGAGCCUGGCGCUCAACAACCAGCAGAUGUGCGCGGUGGUGGCGGAGGAUCAGCCGUGUCUGAACGACAACGGCGCCCCCGUGACCUUCCUGGAUGACGUCACGACCAACAGGCACUUCCUGGUGGGGUUGACGUCGUUCGGGUACGGCUGCGAGAAGCCCUUCCUUCCGGGCGUGUACGUGCGGGUGGGCCUUCCUCGACUGGAUUGAGAAGAAUAUAUAAAUGGAUAAAGAAGGGAA